UAGCUCAUAAUAUAAUCAAUUCCCUUGCCCAACCAUCGCACCUGCAAACCAAACAGGAGAAGAUGGUGAAGAAAAAGAAGAACGUAAACGUGUCUGGUAAGCCAAAGCAUUCACUUGAUACAAAUCGUAGCAAUGGAAGUAAUACGUCAAUACGUACCGCCGCCACUGUUCGGCGGCUAAACAUGUACAAGAAUAAACCAGUGCGUGACUAUAAGGGCAAAAUAUUGAAGCAUGAUUUGCAAUCUAAGGACUUACCUAAUACUCGUAUCCAGCCUGACCGCCGUUGGUCCAUACCUACGAGGGUUGUAAUUCAGAAGGACCUUGAAUUUUUCCGCGAAGAGCUUCAAAAGCGCAUGUCAAAAGGCUAUCAUGUUAUCUUGAAGGAGAGAAAACUUCCGUUGUCGCUUUUAAAUGAUCAUCAGAAGCAAGCCAGGGUACAUCUUCUUGAUACAGAGCCCUUUCAGGAUGCGUUUGGACCUAACCGAAAGAGGAAACGGCCAAAGCUCUUGGCAGUUGAUUACGAGUCUUUACUCAACAAAGCUGAUGAUUCUCAGGAUGCUUUUGAGAUGAAGCAUGAUACUAAUGCCCCUGAAGAAAUAAGUGAAGAAAAUGGGUUUAGGGACCUGGUUCGGCAUACAAUGUUUGAAAAGGGCCAAAGUAAGCGUAUAUGGGGUGAACUCUACAAAGUUAUCGACUCAUCAAACGUUGUUGUCCAGGUCUUAGAUGCCAGGGAUCCCCAAGGCACUAGAUGCUAUCACUUAGAGAAGCAUUUAAAAGAACAUUGCAAGCAUAAACACAUGAUUCUUCUGUUAAACAAGUGUGAUCUUGUUCCAGCUUGGGCAACAAAGGGCUGGUUAAGGAUAUUAUGCAAGGAAUAUCCAGCUCUAGCAUUCCAUGCAAGUAUCAGCAAGUCUUUUGGCAAGGGUUCCCUUCUAUCUGUACUGAGACAAUUUGCCCGCUUAAAAAGUGACAAGCAAGCAAUAUCUGUUGGAUUUGUUGGGUAUCCCAAUGUUGGAAAGUCAUCAGUUAUCAAUACAUUGCGCACUAAGAAUGUUUGUAAGGUUGCUCCUAUCCCAGGGGAGACUAAGGUCUGGCAGUAUAUAACAUUAACAAAACGAAUUUUCUUGAUCGACUGCCCUGGAGUUGUUUAUCAGAACAGAGAUACUGAAACAGAUAUUGUAUUGAAGGGAGUGGUUCGUGUGACUAACUUGCAUGAUGCUGCUGAACACGUAGGAGAAGUCCUGAAACGUGUCAAGAAGGAGCACCUUCAAAGAGCAUAUAAAAUAAAAGAGUGGGAUGAUGACGAUGACUUUCUGGUUCAGCUGUGCAAAUCAACAGGCAAGCUUUUGAAGGGUGGUGAACCUGACUAUAUGACAGCAGCAAAGAUGGUCCUCCAUGAUUGGCAGCGUGGUAAGAUACCUUUUUUUGUUCCUCCGCCACGGCAAGAUGAUGACACCAUAGAGGAACCUAAUACUUCUGGUAUGGAUGAGGAGGCUUCUGAGGAGAGUAAUCAAACAUCUGCAGCUUUAGAUGCCACUGCAGGUGUCAUGGCAUCCCAACAACCUAGAAGCCUCCCUGUCCAAAGGGAUCUUCUUGCCGAUAAUGAGUUGCAGGGUGAUGGAGCCGACCAGCUUCUGACCACAGAAAAUGAGUCGCCCUCUGGGAUGGAGAAUUGAGGUUCCAUCUUGAAUCGAAGAGAAGUUUCAAGCAACUGAAGUCGCAGUUGAUAUCUACCUUUUUCUUAUGCAGCCAUAUUCUACAGAGAGAAAAGUAUGAGAAAAUUUUGAUAUCGUUGCUAAGCUAAGAACAUAUAUGAUUUUGUUCUUUCUUUAAUUAUUUACUCCUUUUCAUUGAAAAAUCACUUCAAUAAUUUCACA